CCCUAUGGCACUGAAUAGCAUACUGGUUGCUCAAAGACACGUAGAGACACUCAGGCUGUGCACUGCGCAUGUUCUGCUGGCACUCCCCCCACCCUCCCAUGUUGUUACAGCUGAGCCGCAGCAGAACGAGUCAGCCGGAAGUACGGCGGUUGUUCUCUAUGGUGUGACUGGCAGGUGUAUGAGGAAAUGGCGGCCGCGGAUCAGUACCCCAGGUCAUCCAUCGAGGAUGACUUUAACUACGGCACCAAUGUGGCCUCAGCCAGUAUCCAGAUCCGUAUGGAUUUUCUCCGAAAAGUCUACAGCAUUUUGUUUGUGCAAGUUCUUUUGACCACUGUGACUGCUGCAGUAUUCCUUUACUUUGAUUCUGUCCGGUCUUUUGUUCAUGAAAGCCCUGCUUUGCUUCUUAUCUCUGCAAUUGGAUCCUUGGGUACAAUUAUAGCCCUGACUAUCAAUAGGCAUCGCCAUCCAGUGAACCUGUACCUGCUCUUUGGAUUUACCCUCUUGGAAGCUAUUACGGUUGCUAUUGCAGUGACGUACUAUGAGGUAGCUGUGGUUGUGCAGGCCUUUAUACUGACAACUGCUGUGUUCUUUGGCCUUACUGCAUUCACGUUCCAGUCUAAGAGAGACUUCAGCAAGUUGGGAGCUGGGCUCUUUGCUGGCUUGUGGAUCUUGAUCAUUGCUGCAUUUCUCAGGCUGUUCUUUUACAGUGAAACUAUUGAGCUGGUCAUUGCGGCUGGCGGGGCUCUGCUCUUCUGUGGUUUCAUCAUCUAUGAUACGCAUUUACUUCUGCACAAACUGUCCCCGGAGGAGCACAUUUUAGCUGCGAUCAACCUGUAUCUUGACAUUAUCAAUCUAUUCUUGCAUCUUCUUCGCUUAUUAGAAGCAAUCAACAAGAAAUGAUACACCGUAUUAUUUUAUGAAGUAGCUCAAUAUCAUAUAAAUCAAUCCAGUGCCAACAACUAAGUGUUAACUGUACCAGCAUUCUUAUUCCUUUGGACAACAUUCAUUUCAAUGGUAUUUCCAAGUUGUCAGUAUAUAUUGGGCAUUUCAGUCCACCAAGCUCAAAGGAUAAUUAAAAAUGCUGUUAAGUAUAAUUGAAUUAAAAAAGAAUUGAGAACAACUGUAGAAAAAGGGUUCUGUCUGACUUUCAGAAACAGACCCCCCCCCCCCCUUUUUUUCUUUUCUUCUUUCAUUAUAAUUAUUCCCUUUUUCAUCAGUUUUGUGCUUAAAAUAUUCCAACAAUCGUUGAUAGUGAUGGCACUUAAAUAUAUGGCACCGUAAGAGACCUUUAUGUUUAAGAGGACUUGUAUUACACCAUAUGCAGUACUGUCAGUUUCUUUCCAGCGUGUCUGAAAAUGAUAUAUACUUUCCAUUAAAUCUUUCUGUAGUAUGAAAGAAAAUAGUAAUAUAUUUUGCAAGGAUUUUGCUUGUGUGUAGUUUGAAUAACAAACUUAGUGCUUCACAGCAAUAUAUGAAAACUUUGCCUGACCUACUAGAAAAUGGCAGCAUUUGUAAGAACUAGGCCACUGCUUUUGUCACAGGACAAAGCCUGGCUGUGUCUGUAGCACCUUCAUUGUAAUGGGUAGCAGAGUCUACAUUCCAGUGUUUCUCUUCAGCAGUGAUUUUGUGACACUAAAGGCCCAUACACACUUGACGAUGCAUCGUCGUUAACGACUUCCCUUGAACAGCUGAGCAAACGACAUGAGCAUACACACUACCAAAGACCAUUCAUCGUUGAAGCAUCCAAGCUGAACAGUUUAUUAAAAUAAUGAGCUGGGAACAGGGCUGGUGAACAGUGGCUUGGUCGUUGGUCGUUCACACCAUACACAUUCAACAACGUCUCUGGUCGGUAACGACCAUAGUGGAAAUUGAGCAUACAUGCUCCACAGAUAAGCGAGGGUCGUUAACGUCCCGCGGGGCCACGCAUCAGUGGUCGUCGGAUGCAUACACACUUGACGAUAUAAUGAGCGACGUCGUUGAUGAGGGCUAAAAUGAACGACGUCGCUCAUUUUAUCGUCAAGUGUGUAUGGGCCUUAAGCUUUUCCAGCUGAAGAUGCUGUUUACAAAUGACAGUCUUCAGGAGACAACCUGCUGAUCCUUAUAUUGUCUAUGGAUUUUCAGGUGUCUAACGCACUAUUGGAUACAAUUAUCCAAUUAGAGAAGUGGGUUUUUUUUUGUAUUGGCUGAUUUCAUUUAAGAUUUGUUGGGAGGUGUAACUGUCGAGGCAAGUGUAAAUUACUAAAGUGUGGGUGGAAAUCAUACCAAAAUAUUACUAUUCUGUGUGUUUUGGAAACAAAAUAAAUCUUCAUACUGGACCUUAUUUUGAGUUGGCAUAUCCAUCAAAAGGGUACAUAUGACCAGGACAAACCAUUGCGCAACAAAAUGACAAGUAUUUUCUACAUGCAGCUUUAUUUUUACACUGUAAUUUACACGGUCAACACGGAAUUUGUCCCUGUACUUUAAACAUGUCCCGGAAGAGCAACAAAUAUUUGCCUAUUCUAAAUGAGACACACAGUGAGCAUUCUGUAUAAAUCCUGGUCGUGAGAAGUCUACAAAUUAUACAGCAAAAAAGGGUUAGUGCAAAUUAUUGUGCAGCUUUAAAAGUAUUUUUGCUGCAGAUUGUCCUGGUAUAUUGUAAACGCAGAUUGUGUUCGUGGGCUAGUGGGCACUGCAUCAACUCUGAUUCCCACCCGCGGUAAAAUUAAGGAUCAUUUAUGCAAAAGUUAUUUUAAACAUAAGUAAAUUACGGUACCUCACUUAAAUCAUGUUAAUUUAGUAAAAUGCUAGUUUGCUUGUAAAGUAGGAUUUUUUUGUGUAAGUUUAAUAGCUAUCAUUAAAGCAUAUUUAAAUUACUGAUCAAAGUGAUUUGGAUAUUAUUUAAUAAAAUAUCUUGAUUUUAAA